ACGUCAAAACACAAGAGGCACGCGCUUGCAGAGUCAGCUGUUGUCAGACCGUAAACUUGUCUUUCUUUUUACCAAAUGCAGUGAGUUUACAUCAUUUGAUUGACAUCAGCCGGUGAUGGAUUCAGAAACAAUCAGUGAGGGGGUGAUGCACCCUGUGUAUGAGGUCAGCUUUGCUACAAUGACGCUGGUCACCACGGCGAUUCUACUUGUCGCCACUCUCGUUUACAGACGAUCCCAGUCAAGUCGGCAAGUCCAGGGCAAACUUCCGCCACACAUUCCAUCAUCCAUACCUUUUCUGGGAGAGUCUGCAGCUUUUGCCAAGAGCCCAGUGGAAUACUUGUUAGCAGCGCAUGAAGAGUACGGCCCUGUGUUUAGUUUCACAAUGGUGGGUAAAACUUUCACAUAUCUGACCGGCUCAGAGGCAGCGGCUCUCUUCUUCAACAGUAAAAAUGAAGACCUGAAUGCUGAAGAUGUCUACAGCCGGCUAACCACACCUGUCUUUGGGAAGGGGGUGGCCUAUGAUGUGCCAAAUCCAAAAUUCUUAGAACAGAAGAAGAUGUUGAAGACCGGGUUGAACAUUGCUCGCUUCAAAGUCCAUGUUCCGUUAAUAGAGGAUGAGACAGAACAGUAUUUUAAAAGAUGGGGACAGAAUGGAAAAAAGGAUUUAUUUGUUGCUCUCUCAGAGUUGAUUAUCCUCACGGCCAGUCGUUGUCUGCAUGGUAAAGAGGUUCGUUCUGCAUUGGAUGAGCGAGUGGCUCAAUUGUAUGCUGAUCUAGAUGGGGGAUUCACUCACUUGGCCUGGUUACUACCUGGAUGGCUUCCUCUCCCAAGCUUCAGAAAACGAGACAAAGCUCAUAUAGAAGUGAAGAAAAUGUUCUACAGUGUGAUUGAGAGGCGCAGGCAGUCUGGCGACGUCGAAGACGACAUGUUACAGACGCUUCUGGAGUCUACGUACAAGUCUGGAGCUCACCUGACGGACGACGAGAUAGCAGGCAUGCUAAUUGGUCUGUUGUUGGCGGGUCAGCACACUUCCUCCACAACCUCUGCCUGGCUGGGCUUCUUUAUCGCCAGGGACAAGACACUCCAGGAGCGUCUUUACGCUGAGCAGAAGAAGGUAUGUGGAGAGAAGUUGUCUCCCCUUCAUUAUGACGACCUAAAGGACCUUGACCUCCUGGAUCGCUGUUUGAAGGAGACAUUGCGUCUUCGACCUCCAAUCAUGACCAUGAUGCGAAUGUGUAAAACUCCUCAGAUUGUCCAGGGGUAUACUAUCCCAGAGGGUCACCAAGUCUGUGUGUCCCCACCUGUUAACCAGUGCCUGAAGAGUGCUUGGAAGGAUGCUGCUCGCUGGCUGGCGGAUUGGCGAUUUCUUGAUGAAGAAACGUCAAACAGUGAGAAGUUUUCCUACGUGCCAUUCGGAGCUGGCCGCCAUCGGUGUAUUGGAGAAUCAUUUGCUUAUGUGCAGAUCAAGACGAUCUGGUCUGUGUUACUGAGGAUGUUUGAGUUUGACUUAGUGGACGGCUAUUUUCCUAGUGUCAACUUUAACACGAUGAUUCACACACCCUACAACCCUGUCAUUAAGUACAGGCUACGGCACACACACUAGGCUCAUUUAGCAGCCUAGUGUCAUAAAUCACCAAGGGUAAUUAUAUGUAAUUAUUCUUUGUGUAUUAUGUGUAUGUGUAUUAUUCUUUGUUAGGCUGUUGUUUUAAAACAGUGAUGAUUUCCAACAUUUAACCUACAAAGGUUAUUGAUCACUGUGUUGGUCGUUAAGUCACUGUGUUGGUCGUUAAGUCACUGUCUUGGUAGUUAAAUCACUGUCUUGGUCGUUAAAUCACUGUCUUGGUGGUUAAGUCACUGUCUUGGUGGUUAAGUCACUGUAUUGGUUGUUAAGUCACUGUGUUGGUCGUUAAGUCACUGUGUUGGUCGUUCGGUCAGUCAGCUUUUUCACAUCCUGUUUUUUUUAUCAAAUGGUCAGAGAUUUUGAUAGCCUAUUUAACAUGAGCCAUUCACUUAUUGCAGAGCCUGACUACAGGACCACAUUGACAUUUUCCAGAUGUUGGAGUGUGAAUUUGUUGUGUUAUUUUUCAACUAAAGGUUACCUAUGUGGUGCCUACAUUCCUAAUUACACUUAUGUUGUAUCAGAGAUGAAUGUUUUUUUUUAUAUGAUAUCAGUCAUAAUUUAUCUACUGAAUUCUUUAAAUACACUGCAUGUUACAUACUUAUAGGAUUAAAUUUUUGAUUGUCUGGAUUUUUUGUUACGUCAUAUAUUAUUUCCUUGUAUAUGUAAUUUAUCGUAUGGGGUUAUAUGCGAGUUAGUCUUAAAUCAUUGAGCUAUGAAUAAUGAAUUCUGGUUUUUAGUCAGGUCAAUUUUUCAACCCCUUUAUCCAGUGACAUUAUAAAUAUUACUUUUAUAUUUAUGUGCAAUGAAUAUAUAUUGCUGGAUGGAAAUGAUAAAGUGUUCUUAAACGUAUUUUUUUUGUCUUGCACCAAAUAAGAUAGAGGAUGUGACAAAGGCUCUUGACAGUUUUUGCUGCCUCAUUGACCACCUUCUGUCUAUUUUUGAGCAUUGUAAAAAGAGAAAGAGUGUGGCAUUAGACACAUGUAAUGUUCAUGUAUAUAUGAACUGAUGUUCCUGCUACCAUGUUAAUGUCAGACUCAAAUGCCAAAUUCUGAAAGAUCGGUUUACUUGAAAAAGAUAAGAAGUAGUAAAUAAAGUGGAAAUACAUGUGUAUUUCAUCGUGAAGCAUGUAUUGUGGUUUGUGAAGUCUGUUAAACAGUGACAGAUG